GUCAAAUGCGCGUGCAGGUUUUGAAUAAACUGUGGAGCCUUGCAUUAGUCCUGGAUGUGUGUUUGUGACAAGAAUAACAGAAGAUAAAACCAACUUGGAAACAUUUUGCACACUUUUUUAUUUAGAUAUCCAUCUAUUUGAGCUGACAUACACCUUGAUAACAUGCAUUUAUGUUACAAUGUAUACUUUCAAACAGGUGUACGUCUAUAUAAAUAUGGGGGGAAGCAUAUAUUGAAGCAGAGUUUAUCGUGAUGGUGGUUUGACCCAUGAUGAUCACAAGCUAGAGGUCACAGUUUAUCUACCUUUUUUAUUUACCCCUUCACCCCUGUGUGUGUACUAAUAUCUCGGGACUAUUUACUACCAAGUUGUGUUCCCCGUUUUGUUUGGACUGCAAUUAAAAAUCAGCCAAUUGGAACAGCCGGAAGGAGGGCUCGUGCGCCCGGAGCAAGACUGGCGAGACCUGCCAAUCACACCCCGGGUAACCAAUCAACGGGGACGCACGGGGUAAACAUCCUCGCGUCGUCUGGUUUGGAGGUGGGCGGGACUACACGCCUGUCAGGGAGAGAGAGAGAGAGAGAGAGAUAGAGAGAGAGGUGGAGAGAGAGAACAAGCGAAUGAGAGAAGAGGCUUGCAAGCAGCGCCUUACACUGUUAUACUGGAUUGUACUUCAACGGGAGUUUGCGGUUUGGCAGGUUUAUACACAUCAAAACAGAACAAAGAGAUAGGCUCUACAGUGCUAUAAAAGAAGAGAGAGAAAAGAAUAAAGCGAGGGAGAAAUCUCGGCGACUGAAUUACAAAAGAACUAAGGACACUCUGCUAAUGUUUUUCACAUCCAAAGGGGACAUAAACCGGGACUUUGUACAUUGUGGAGAAUUUGCGAGGCUUUUUGUUUUUUGCGACCACGAAAAGUUUGUUUGGGACGACGCUUUUUUCCUGUACAUUUUAAUUUUAAUGCUCACAAUUUCAUCCCAGUGCAAAACUUUCUGAGCGGACUGCACAUGGUUUCAAAGGGCUUUUGAAAACCAGGAAUUUUAUCGCCGAUAUCCAUGCACAACAGUUUGAACUAGAAUGCUGUAAAUACAUGCGGAUUUUAUUCAGUUUUCUGCCACAGUUUUCGAAGCUUUUUUGCGUUUUUACGCACGUCGAUGGUAUUUGCCAAAACCUACCCAUACUUUUAAAGUUUGAAUAAUUCAUGAGAUACAAUUUGCCUGCUCGAAAGAAGUGACUGUAAAAAGGGAGGGGGGUUAUCCACAAACAUUUUCAUAAGGGCUGACGGAAUGGCCACCGCGGCUUCCAAUCCUUAUCUGCCCAGCAAUAGCAUCUUAUCGUCCGGCUCCAUCGUGCACUCUGACUCCGGAGGUGGCAUGCAGCCGGGCAGUGCUGCGGUUACCUCGGGGUCUGGGGGCUACAGGGGAGACCCCUCAGUCAAGAUGGUACAGAGUGACUUUAUGCAAGGCGCAAUGGCAGCGAGCAACGGGGGACACAUGCUGAGCCAUGCCCAUCAGUGGGUGACAUCCCUCCCGCACGCCGCAGCGGCCGCAGCAGCAGCCGCGGUUGCUGCAGCUGAAGCCGGAUCGCCCUGGUCGUCGAGUCCCGUCGGGAUGACGGGCAGCCCGCAGCAGCAGGACGUGAAAAACUCCGGCAGAGACGAUCUGCACACGGGCACCGCGCUGCACCACAGGCCCCCUCACUUAGCUCCCCACCAGACUCACGCCGGGGCUUGGGGGAGCACAACUGCGGCUCACAUUAACUCCAUAUCCGGGGGCCAGCAGCAGCAGCAGUCGCUGAUCUACUCCCAGCCGGGGUUCACUGUGAACGGGAUGCUGAGUCCGGGGAGCCAGAGCCUGGUGCACCCGGGCUUGGUGAGGGGGGACACCCCGGAUCUGGACCACGGCAGUCACCACCACCACCAUCACCACCAGCAUCCGCAUCACCAGCACCACGGCGGCGUCAACAGCCACGACCCGCACUCGGACGACGACACGCCGACCUCGGACGACCUGGAACAGUUCGCCAAGCAGUUCAAACAGCGGAGGAUCAAACUGGGCUUUACGCAGGCGGACGUCGGCUUGGCUUUGGGCACCCUGUACGGGAACGUUUUCUCUCAGACAACCAUUUGCAGAUUCGAGGCUCUGCAGCUGAGCUUCAAAAACAUGUGCAAGCUCAAGCCUUUGUUAAACAAGUGGCUUGAGGAGGCUGACUCGUCCACCGGCAGCCCCACCAGCAUCGACAAGAUCGCGGCGCAGGGGAGGAAGCGAAAGAAGCGCACAUCCAUCGAAGUGAGCGUCAAGGGGGCUUUGGAGAGCCACUUCCUAAAAUGCCCCAAACCCUCGGCCCAGGAGAUCACCAGCCUGGCGGACAACUUGCAGCUGGAGAAAGAGGUGGUUAGAGUGUGGUUUUGCAAUAGGAGACAGAAGGAAAAACGGAUGACGCCCCCAGGAGUGGCACAGACGCCGGAGGAUGUGUACUCUCAGGUCGGCAAUGGGCAUUUUUUAGUAGAUUACUUAAAAGAUGCAAGUGAAGCGAGCGACCAGAGGGUGACAACUACAAGUUCAUUCCACCAGAAACAAAGGAACAGGCAUUUUGUAUAUUUAGAAAUGGGACUGAAGCGCCUUUCCCCCUCUCCAUGCCUAACAAUAACAGAGGGGAAAACUGCAACAAAAAGAGUGACAUCCACGAAGCUUCCAUCAUGAUUUCCAGCAAUUCUAUUUUUUAUGAGGUGGACUGCAUGGUUUCAUUUACACACACACGGAGGAUUAGGGAUUUUUUUUUUUUUCAUGUUGAGGCCCUCAUGAGCCCAGAAAGAAAAGACAACCAGGACCAGGACUGUCCCCCCCCCCUCCUCCUCCCCCCGCCUGAUCUCAAAGAUCACCUUCUUUUUUGGUUUAUUUUUGUCAUUAUUUAAUGGACUUUGACACCGUGAGUGGAUUUUUCUCCUUUUUUUUCAACAAAUAGAGCAUAAGACAUUUGAAAAGACUUCAACUGCACUUAUUUGAGAAAAAAAAAAAUCUGAAAAUCUGUUGCCAAGUGUGACUGAGUGGGUGCUGUGGAUAUACUAUUAAUGCUGCCCUUUCUAAGCAGUGUUCUUUGGUAGGUUUUAAUAAACAAAACUCUGUAAAGCCGGCAAUAUAGAUCACUAGAUCAGAUACUGAUCUGCGUUAUUUACUUUAUAUUUUUCAUCAGAAUUACUUGUUUUAAUAUUUUAUUCGGAAUGAAUUAUUCCAAACGGUAAUUUAUUUUUCCCCCCAGGAACUUGUGUAAGAUGAUUUCCCUUUUUCUUGUUUUAUUUCAAUAUUUUUUUUCUUAUUUCUGUUGUUGCCCUUAUUUGUUUAAUUUUGUAUUAUCGUUUCUAAAGGAGCACAAAUCAUCAUAAGCUGACAUUGACCGUUGUUAGGUAAUAAGGGUAUAUUUUGAUGUGAUAAUUUGAUUGUAAUUUAAUUUCAGUAGUGGUUCCGUACGAGCUGAUUGAGACACAAUAAAUUUGUUAGAAUGAAAUGCAA